AUGAUCAUCACUCUACUUCAUCUGUUUGAAAGGAACAAUGAGGCUCCUCCUCCUCUUGACUCUCAUUCGCUUCAGCGUUGCCGUCAUCACAGCUAAGGCAGGACAGAAGAGCGUCACUCUGCCAUGUCGGAUUCCAAACUACAACCUCAUAGCUGUUGAGUGGAGCAGAGCUGACCUGGGAGAACAAUAUGUGCUUUUAUACCGGGACGUUCACUUUGAGCCACCCAACCAGCAUCCAUCUUUUAAGAACCGAGUGGAUCUGGAAGACAGACAGAUGAAGGAUGGAGACGUGUCUUUGAUUCUGAAGGAUGUGACGACUAAUGACACUGGAACGUACGAGUGUCGUGUCUUCGUGGGAGAAACAAGCUCAUGGAAGUCCAUCAACACCACCUACCUGAGUGUUGAUCCUCCAGGUCAGCCAGGAGGACACACAGAGGAUGGAGGGAAGGAGGCAGGAGGAGAGAAGAGUGGAUCUGUUGGACUCAUCAUUGGUCUUUCAAUUGUUGCUGUGGUUGUUUUAAUCUACAUAACAUAUAAAACAUGUUGUCAGGACUCAGAUCAUCCUCCCACUGAACCACAGAAUGAAAUGUCUGAGAGAUUUCUGAACUCUCAAUCUCCUGCUGAUGAACACAGAGACAGAAAUGACCCGGAAGCAAACAACAGUCACCAACACUCCACAAGGAUCCCUGAUGUCACAUUUGAGAAUGAACUACUUCAUCCUCAGCAAACAGCAGGACUGAUUCCAGAGAGUGACAUCAGAGUGCAGUAGAUAAUGUCUGACAGCAGUCUGAAGAGGAAAUGGAUUCUGUUCUGUUCUGGUUGUUUUUUGUUUGUUCAUUUUAUCUGCACAAAACUAAGAGAUCCACAGUUAACACCAGCCUCCACAUGAAAUGUUUAGAUUCUCUCAGAGCUGUCUGUUACUCUAAUAAAACUGCCAACAAUUAUUGUUAAAUAC